UACACGGCGGGCACCGGCUGCAGCUCCCCGGCUCUUCUGAGCCAUUCCAGCUUUCCUGAGAGCGGCAGCGCCCGGCACAGCGAGCCGGACACGGGCACGGAGGGGCAGCUGUCAAAUGACAGCGCUUUAGGUCGUGACACGGAUCCGUCGCUGAGGGGAAACCCGAGAGUUUGGGGGUUGGUUCGUGGGCGGGUUUUUCUUUCAAGUUAAGAAUUCUUUUUUGCCCAUGGCUCGAAGCCGAGCGGCUCAGCUCGGCUGGCGCUGUAAGUGCCCGUGUUCUGCUUCCCCUGCAGGAACCGCCCGGCCCCGCCGCUCCCGGGGAUGGCAGCGUAGGAUCCGCGCAGGAUGGGGACCCCGCGCCGGGAGCGGCCCCGCUGGCUGGGGACCCUCCUGGCCGCCUGCCUGGCCACCCUCCCGGCCAUCGGCGCCUGUCCCCGGCCCUGCGCCUGCCACGGCUCGGCCGAGCUCCACUGCACCUUCCGCUACUUGAGCGCCGUCCCCCCGCGCAUCCCGCCCGGCGUGCGGCGCAUCAACCUGGGCUACAACAGCCUGAGAAAACUCAGCCCCACAGACUUUGCUGGCCUGGAGAAACUGGAGUUACUGAUGCUGCACAGCAAUGAGAUCAGCACGAUCCCUGAGAAGGUGUUCAGUGAUUUACAUUCACUGCAGGUCUUAAAAAUGAGUUACAACAAGGUCAGAGUGCUCCAGCAGGAUGUAUUUUAUGGCCUGAACAGCUUGGUACGGCUGCAUAUGGACCACAAUCAAAUUGAAUUUGUGAAUCCCAAUGUUUUCUAUGGACUCACUUCCUUGAGGUUGGUGCACCUGGAUGGAAAUUUACUUCAGCAGCUGCAUCCAGACACUUUUGUCACCUUGUGCUACAGUCAAAUAUUCAGAAUAUCCUUCCUGAAGCACAUCUCUCUGUCUGACAAUAUGCUGACUUCACUUCCACAAGAAAUGUUUUCCUACAUGUCAGAGCUCGAGAGCAUUUACCUCCAUGGAAACCCCUGGUCCUGUGAUUGCAGCCUGCAGGGAUUUGCAGAGUGGGCACAGGAGAGACCAGAUGUUAUAAAGUGCAGAAAAGAGAGAAGUUCCAGUGUCCAGCAAUGCCCAGUCUGUGCUGGUCCCAAAAAUCAUAAUGGGAAAGGUUUAGUGGAUCUUCCUUCUGCAUCCUUCACCUGCAGUAAGCCAGUCAUCCUCGACUCGCUGAAAUCCAGAAACCUGACGGUGCCGGACGAUGGCGAUUUCAGUGUUGUGUCUCCCAAGGACUUGAUAGCUCCCAUAGGAUCCGUGGUUUUGAAUAUGACUGACCAAGCAGGAAAUCAAGGCAACUUGGUUUGCAAUGUCCAGAAACCUACAAAAAUGUCUCCCAUCUCACUCGACAAAAAUGGCCACAGCACCGUGCUCAAAACCUCGUUCUCAGCAUUCCUGGUGUGUGGUGUCGAUGAUGGGCACAUCCAGCAGCUGUGGAGCAUCCUGGCACUGUACAGCAAUUCUCCUUUGGAACUGGAGCAAACUGUGCAGACAACUGACGUGCCUCCUAUUAGCUACAAAUACAAGCAGGUCUACAGUGAGAGAGAUGACAUUUUCACCAAUGUCGAGGCCGAGCUGCGAGCUGAGCCGGCCUGGCUGAUGCAGAGCAGGGUGGCCCUGCAGCUGGACAGGACAGGCAGCACGCUCAGCACGCUGCACCUCCGCCUCUCCACCCCUGCCCUGCUCACUCUGGCCAGCCAUGACCAGGGCCAGCUGAGACACAACUGGGCCAUCAUUGUCAGGGACAACAGCACCCAAACAGAGCACACUGUGCUGGUCGGGGGCACCGUGGAGCUGGGGUGCCAGGCAGCCGGGGAGCCAGCUCCUGCCGUGGAGUGGAUAUUGGCCGACGGCAGCCGAGUGCGAGCUCCUCACGUCAGCGAGGACGGGAGAAUCAUAGUCCUGGCCAGCGGGGCGCUGGCGCUGCGGGCAGCUGACGUGUUUGACACGGGGCUCUACCACUGCAUCAGCACCAACCACGCCGACGCCGACGCGCUCUCGUUCCGAAUUACGGUGCUGGAUCCUGGCGUGGAGCGCGAUGGGGUGAACGGAGCGCAGCUGUCGGCCGCUCUCGGCAGCACACUGCACCUUCCCUGCACGGCCACGGCUGCUCCGGACGCUGCCGUCACCUGGGUGUCCCCUGAGCACACACUUCUUGGCCAGGCUGGAGGAAACAAGCUGAUCUUUGCCAACGGCACCUUGAGGAUACACGGGGUGACGGAGCGAGACGCGGGCUACUUCCGAUGCGUUGUGGCCAACCGGUACGGGGCUGAUCUCUUGGUUUUCCAGGUGCUAACCAGACAGGAUGAAACCGCUCUGAGGAAAACGCAUGGAGCUGUGGAAGAGGGGGAAGAGGGCUCUGGCAAGGAAGUGCUGCGCUCUGCUGCAGCACAGAGACAUCCCUCAGCCACUCCAGCCACCCUGACAGCUCCUGGGGAAGCCGCUGCAGCAGCAGCCAGCAGCCAGGGCGCACGGAGCGCACGGCAGAGGAACAGCCACGGGAAAAGGCCUCACUGGCCCCACGGAGACAGAGCAGGCAGGAGGUUCAGGGGACACAGGAGACAGUUUGUUUCCUCAGGCAGGAGAGCUGAUCCACAGCGCUGGGCAGCCUUGCUGGAGAAAACAAGGAGGAACUUGACUGUGGCACACAAACGAGGAGAAGUUGCAACAGAACCACCCAUUGAAUCCCGUAAGCUCUCAGAGGUACCCGAGGAUGAGGAGGAGACCUCUGGUGAUCUCAUAUCUCCAGAAGAAGAAUUCAUGAUACCAGCAACAGAGAGAUCCCCAGUAUUUGCUCUGGGGAGAGCAACAGAACUCAGGAUCACUGCAGGGCCCGAGGAGACCGCGAAUCCCACUCGUGCCUGGAACAGCUCCCUCCUGCUCACAGAGCCAUUUACUGCCCUCCCCUCACCCCUUCCACACCCUGUGGCACCUGCCAGCAAAAGGCCACAAACACCUCCAAAACCUACAGACUCAUGGGAAAGAUCUGAUUUGAGUCAAAUAUCAGCAAAUGGUGUAAAACAACCAACUGUACCAAGUGGAACAUCCACACUCUUCCCUGCUGGGCAAAAGUCAAUAUAUUCUGGGGAAAGCAAUAAGCAGCACCUGAAGUCUGCAUCCAUGACACCCACAACAGAAGCUACAGGCACCAGCAAGGCUGAAACUCCUCAAAACACAGCAGACAAGGUACUUAUUUUCACUGAGUCUAUUGAUAGUGUUUCCACCAAAACAGACCACCAGGUCCCUGUGGCCACAGUCAAUGAACCAAGCUCUGAAUUUGGCCCCAUUUAUUUUCAUAGUACUCAGAAAGGAGGAACUCCUAAUCCACCACUUGUCUCCACUUUUACUACUCAUCAGCAAAUUUGGGUUAUCCAGGAUGUUCCAACUCAUCCACCCCAGCUCCAGCAGCACUAUGGAAGACGAAAGAAAAUCUCUGGUCGGAGACGAACUGUUAGACCAGGACAUAUCCCAAGUAUGAAAGAGCACCAACACAAUUUUGGGAGUCCAGGGUCUGCCAGAGGAACAGAAUCUGCAGCUAUGGCUACAGAUGUUCAGCUGAACAUGAACUAUGUAUCAAAUGUACCAACCUUAAAUAACUUAAGCAGUUCCAUCAAUCCAUUUAGGCCAGAAGCACCCCAGUCUCCUCCCUCUGCCCUGGAUAUGCCAUUGGAGCACCCAGUGGGCACCCAUCAAAACACAGCAUUCCUCGGGGAAGAGGAGAAGAAACACAGGGCAAGGCAAAAAUCUGCUACCACAGUCACAUCUGUCACUGCAAAGGACACUGCCACUACUGCAACCCGUGCAUCGGCUGUAACGGGCUUGAAGCCAACAGUUACACUUGUUAUUACUCCUCAAACCCACACCAGAGUCACCAAAAAUAAAAUACUCCGAGUGGGAGGAAGGAGAGGUGAGAGGAGAAAGAGGCCCCCUAAAACACCUGUUCCACAGCGUGUGGCUGCAGCCCGCAGCAGUGCAGCCAGCCCUGCAGCGAGCACAGCCAGCCCUGCAGCGACGAGCACAGCCAGCCCUGCAGCGAGCACUGCCACUCCUGCAGCGAGCACAGCCAGCCCUGCAGCGAGCACUGCCACUCCUGCAGCGAGCACUGCCACCCCUGCAGCGAGCACAGCCACCACGGUGGCAGCUCUUACCCCACCCGCUGCACCUCCGAGCCCCACACCUGCCACACCCGUCCCUGGGAGCGUCAGUGCAGGCUCCAUGACCAAAACAACCGCACCGGGGAUCCCUGAGAGCCCCGAGACAGCUCAGCACAGGCCCACGGCAGCCACACAAACAGCAGCAGCCCCGGGCACCCGGAGGAGCCCCCGGCCAACAUCAGCAUCAUCCCUGCCGGGCAGCGUGGCUGCUCAGAGCCCCACCGUGGGGCUCCACACCUCACCACGGCCGGACGAGCCCCCCGGUGCCCCGAGAGCCCGAGCUGCUGCAGUCAGUGCCACACCAGGGCCAGCAGCUGCACAGCACAUGGGAGCCGCUGCCACGGCAGGAGAGAAAACCGACCUGAAAACGGGGAUGGGAGCUGUGCGGGAACAGCAGGCAGCACAGCCCACAGCCCCGGCAGGAGCCGUGCCGAGCGCUCCGGCUGCAGUCACUGUCCCCAGCAGCCCGCAUCCCUCCCCUCUGCCAGCCGUGCCCGCAGCCACCCCGGGAGCCUCCCCACACCCGCGGGGACACGGCCAGCUCCAGCCCGGGCCACCUCCCAGGGACACAGGGAACACACUGCACCCGCCACAAACCCCGUGGGCAAGGGACAAGGACAGCUCUGUCAGUGCCUGGUCUGAACGGCGACAGGAUCGAGACACCACCACCAUCCCCAAUCCCAUCACCUUAGGUUCUGCAAGCAGAAACCAUUUUUCCAAGCCCAGAAUAGUCGGAGGGAAUUUUGCUUCUUUCACUGUGUUGGCGAAUUCUGAUGUUUUUAUUCCUUGUGAAGCUACUGGGAACCCCCCUCCAACAAUACAGUGGACCAAGAUACCAUCAGGUGAGCUUGAUAAACCUCUCGCUGUGCCGGUCGGUGCCGGGCUGUGCCGGGCUGUUUCAUGCUGUGACGGGCUGUGCUGUUCCGCAGGAGGAGCCGUGCUGCCCAACGGGACUCUGUCCAUCGCCCGUGCGGGCCCGCAGCACUCCGGCCGCUACCUGUGCACGGCGGCCAAUGCUCACGGCAGCGCCCGGCUGCUCGCCACGCUGGCCGUGCUGGGCUCCCCGGCCCGCAUCGCCGGCCGCCAGCGGCUGCUGACCGCGCACUCCGGGAGCUCCGCCGUGCUGCCGUGCCCGGCCCGGGGCAGCCCCGCUCCCAGCAUCUCCUGGCUCCUGGCGAACGGAACCCGCCUGUCGCGCUCCUCCGCGGGCACCGGCCGGGCUCGAGUGCAGCCGGACGGGGCCCUGCUCAUCCGGGCCGUCACCGUGUACGACCGCGGUCUCUACUCGUGCCUCGCCGAGAACCCCGCGGGCUCCGACACGCUCCUGCUGAGGCUGCAGGUCGUUGCAGCCCCUCCCGCCAUCCUGGAGGAGAGGAGACAAAGCGUGGCAGGAGCGGCGGGGGAAAGCCUGGAGCUGCCUUGCACGGUGCGGGGGAAGCCGCAGCCCGCCGUGCACUGGGUGCUCCCCGAGGGCUCGGUGCUGAAGCCGGGGCAGCUGGGGCACCCCAGGCUGUUCCUGUUCUCCAAUGGCACCCUCCGCCUGGACAGCACGGCCCCCUCCGACAGCGGCACCUACGAGUGCAUAGCCACCAGCUCCACGGGCUCGGACAGGAGGGUGGUCAGCCUCGUGGUGGAGCGCAGAGAGACCCUUCCAAAAAUUGCCAUCGCCUCGCAACAACUGACGCGGCUGAAUUUUGGGGAGAGGUUGCUUCUGAACUGUACAGCAAGUGGGGAGCCCAAGCCCAGGAUAAUCUGGAGGUUGCCCUCCAAGGCUGUUGUGGACCAGUGGCACAGAAUGGGAAGUCGGAUCCAUGUCUACCCCAAUGGAUCCUUGGCUGUUGAGGCAGUUACGGAGAAGGAUGCAGGUGAUUAUCUGUGCGUUGCAAGAAACAGAAUUGGGGAUGAUCUGAUACUGAUGAAAGUCAGCAUCACAAUGAAACCAGCCAAGAUUGACCACAACCAGCAGUUCAAGAAACUGGUGCCGUAUGGGAAGGAUUUCAGAGUGGACUGCAAGGCCUCAGGGUCGCCAGCACCAGAGAUCUCCUGGGGCCUGCCGGACGGGACGGUGGUGAACAACGCGAUGCUGGCAGAUGACAGCGGGCACAGGGCUCGCAGGUACGUCCUCUUCGACAAUGGGACUCUGUACCUCAACAAAGCUGGAGUGGCAGAGGGAGGAGAUUACACGUGCUACGCCCAAAACUCUCUGGGGAGGGAUGAGAUGAAGGUCCACGUCACGGUCAUUGUGGCAGCCCCUCAAAUAAAGCACAAUUACAAGACACACAUUGCAGUGACAGCUGGAGACACAGCCCUGCUGGACUGUGAAGCUGCUGGGGAGCCCAGGGCACAGAUAUUCUGGUUGCUGCCCUCCAGCGAGAUGAUCUCCUUGUCCACGGACAGGCACUCCCUGCACGCCAACGGCUCGCUCUCCAUCAGCCCCACCAGCCUGCUGGACGCCGGCGAGUACAUGUGCGUGGCUCGGAACCCUGGCGGGGAUGACACCAAGCUGUACAAGCUGGAUGUGGCUGCUAAACCCCCCACCAUAAAUGGUUUAUACGGGAACAAAACGAUCAUGAAGGUGACGGCAGUGAGGCACUCCAAGAAACACAUCGACUGCCGGGCAGAAGGGACACCUCCUCCUCAGAUUAUGUGGAUCAUGCCUGAUAACAUUUUCCUAACAGCCCCAUAUUACGGGAGCAGGAUUGUGGUGCACAAAAACGGGACACUUGAGAUUCGGAACAUCCGGCCCUCGGACACAGCCCAUUUUAUCUGUGUGGCACGAAACGACGGGGGAGAGACCGUGCUGGUGGUGCAGCUGGAAGUCACAGAAAUGCUACGGAGACCAAUGUUCAAAAACCCUUUCAAUGAAAAAAUAAUAGUAAAACCCGGGGAAACUAUCACACUGAACUGUUCUGUGGAUGGAAACCCUCCCCCUGACGUAAGCUGGAUGUUGCCCAACGACACGAGGUUUUCCAGCAGCAUCAGGACAUCGCAGUUUUUCACGGGGAGCAACGGGACCCUGACCAUCUACAAUCCCGAGAGACAGCACGCCGGGCGCUACCGCUGCGCUGCCCGCAACCAGGUUGGCUACAUAGAAAAGCUGAUGGUCCUGGAGGUUGCCCAGAAGCCCAGCAUCCUCAGCCGCCCUGCAGGGCUGGUGAGGGCUGUCAGCGGGGAGCCCCUGUGGCUGCACUGCCCGGCCGAGGGGAGCCCCAAGCCCAGGACGGAGUGGACGCUGCCGGGGGGCCGUGUGCUGGAGCGGCCGCAGGCCGGCGGGAGGUACCAGCUGCUGGAGAACGGCACCUUGCUCCUGCGGGCGGCCUCGGCCCUCGACGCCGGCACUUACGUGUGCAGGGCCCACAACGACGCCGGGGACUCGUCCCUCGCCGUCCCCGUGCUGGUGGCAGCCUACGCCCCCCGCAUCGUGGGCAGACCCCCCCCAGCCAUCCACACCGUGCCGGGGGCAGCCGUGCAGCUCCACUGCGUCGUGCUGGGGAUCCCAAAGGCAGAAGUUUCCUGGGAGUUACCCGACCGCUCCGUACUCUCCACAGCUCAGCAGGGCCGGGGCUCGGGGGGCGAGCUGCUUCACCCCACGGGGACCCUGCUCCUGCAGAGCCCCCGGCCCUCCCAUUCCGGCACCUACAAGUGCACGGCCAGGAACCCCCUGGGCACGGCCACUGCCGUCACCCACCUGCACGUCCUGUGAGCCAGAGCGCAGCGGGAACAGGGCACAGCGCUCACUGGAUCAUCCUUGCAAUGGCUUUAGUCAAAGGCAGCCACAAGCGUGGGAGAGCCUGAACACAUCCACAGCACUCAGGCUGCAGUGACCCGGCAGAGAGAGAGCAAGGGGAAAAUUAGCUCUGGCAUUACUUGCUAGUGUGGGUUCUCUCCAUGUUCAGGGGAUUUAAAUGAAAGCAAAAUUAAGACACUUCUGCUCCACAGAGUAAUAGCAAACAUUGACUAUCAAACAUGGGAACUUUCUGGAAAUGUGCCUGGAGAGCUCCUGUACACGGGAAUGCAUCAGUUCAGUACUGCCCACCUUGUGUGACUGCCACAGGCACGGACCAGAGAGGGCAAGGACAGUUCCUGGGAACAGAGGAGCGGGUUUAUUGGGAUGCACAUUACCUUCCUAAUGUGUUUUAAUAUUUAGUAUGUUUUAAAAUAAAUAUUCAAUGAUGUAACAAGUAGUGAAGUAUUUUUACUAGCACAGCUGUGGUUGCCAGUCUUUCCUGCAGAGCUGUGGGAUGACACAGAAUAGCUCAGUUUGGAGCAAGAGAGGAAGCUCUGCUCAGCACUGUUAAGCCAAUGCAUACAGACUGGGUAUAGAAUCACUCCAGGUUGGCAUCACUUUCUUAUUGUCACAAAAGCAUUUUUUUAAAGAUUUCUCAAUAGAAUAAAAACCACACCAAUUUGAAUCUCAAUUUAGAAUUGU